AUGGUAAGUUUCACAUUCCUAAAUAUUUUUUAAAACAACAGUUAAUUUUUUGUUUUUAAGUAUUGAUUUAUACAGCUGAAAAGUAUUGUUUUUUAUCAGAUUUUUGUUAGUUUCCUAAUAAAUUCUUUUUAGUCAAGCGGAUUCAUCCUAGCAAGUCUAGGAAUAGCUGCUGUAGGUUUUACUGGUCGAUAUUUGCUCAAGAACAAACAUUUAAUUGAAAAAGCAGCUGCAGCUAUACCUACAGAAGCUGUAAGUCUAAUAUCUUUUAUAUUUUUAUUUAAGUUUUAGCUUUCCAAGUACCACCAAGGAGGUUUUGAUCCGAAGAUGUCAAGGAGGGAAGCUUCAUUAAUUCUGGGAGUUUCUUUCAAUGCGAAGCCGAAUAAAGUAAAGGAAGCACAUAAGAAGUUGAUGAUCAUAAACCAUCCUGAUCGAGGUAAGAUGGGUUUGAAGCAGGCUUGGACACAAAGCAGGGCAUUGGCAAAUUUCCAUGCCAUGCCCUGUGCCCUGCAAUGCCCUGCCCUGUGCAGGGCAUUCGACUUUCAUGCCCGGCCCUACCAUGCCCUUGCCCUGCAGGGCAUUUGGAUAUAUUCAGGCGGACGCCUCCGCCGAGUAGUCGAUAAUCGGCGGACGCCGUAACUUGGUUAGUUUAGCUACUAUGCCCUGUAACAGGGCAUGGUACAGGGCACCCUGCCCUGCGUCCAAGCCUGGCUUGACGUUUGUAGAAUGAAAUUGAUAAGUUAACCUGAAGAAGGCUAUAAUAAAGAUGUUAAGAUAAUUUUUUUUAUUUUUUUUUGUUUUACGUUAAUUUUUAUAUUAUCCUUGCCUUACCUGAAUUUUUUUUACCAUUUUUAAUAUAUUUGAUUUUUCAGGUGGAUCUCCGUAUAUAGCAGCGAAGAUAAACGAAGCCAAGGACUAUCUCGAAAGCAACAAAUCAUAA